AGCUCCACCUUCAUGUUGUGUUUAAUUCGAGAGAUCUAUGAGUCGAGAUCUUCAGUGUUUGUGUUCAGUCUGUUGAGUUCAGUGAAGAACUGCAUUAACCUGCAGAGCAGAUCGCUGGACUCUGUCCACUGCGCAGCCCUGCGCUUUAUACUGCAACACUGCACUGCACUUACACUUAACAUGAUGUGGACCUCCAUACCAGAGGAGGAGCUAGAGAGCAUUCAGACUCUCUUCAGUCACGUCUCCUGCCUUAGUGUUGACAGACGGCUGUUAUUGAGAAUGAUUCACUGCUGCAGUUCAUCUGAUGUCCAGCAGGAGGCGUCAGUGGUUUUGCUCUCUGCCCUGAAGCACAAACUGGACUUCACCUGUGAUUCAGCACUGGACCUGACAGAAGACACACAGACUCUACAACUGACUGCUGAAGACUGCCGUGUGAUAUCUGCAGUCAUUCAGAGAGCUUAUAAAGAUACACAAACCCUCACACAGCUGAGUCUACACGACUGUGAGAUUAAUACAGCUGGAAUCCAUCAACUCUUCUCAGUUUUACACUCUGUUAAACUCCGCUGUGAUAAAUGGAUGCUGCUUCAGUUUCUCUCUCAUGUGGGUUCUGGGGAAGCUGAAUCUCUUUCUCAGGCUCUGGGUGCAGAAGUGGAUCUCAGUCAGACUCAGCUGGACCUGCAGGUCUGUAGAGGACUGGCGCUGGUUCUGGAUCAUUCUGAAGGUCUGACAGAACUGGAUCUCAGUCAGUGUCAUCUAACUGAUCAGAGUCUGGAUCUUCUGCUGCCAAACCUUCACAAAGCAGAAAUCAUUGAUUUUAGUGGCAAUAACAUCACUGACGCUGGGGCAGAGAAAAUCUACAAUAUCGUCUCUCAAUACAGUAACAUAAAGACAGUAAGGCUCUUCAACAACAGAAUUCAAUUCAGAGAGAUCCUCUACAGAGACCCACGAUUUGAGAUCUGGUGAUGCCAAAAAACGUAGUUUUUGUCUGGAAUAUAUGAGUCAGUUUAAUAACCGGUUAAGAUAUUAAGAGUUGUGUGUACUGAUAAGGUAACAUGUGUCAAAACUGGAGUCGUUGAGAUUUGAGAUCACAUUCAUAUUCACUUUGUUUAUUGCUGGUUUAAGGGAACAUUAUUUUUACUUAAUUGCUGUCUUUUAAUUAAAUUCUAUCAUUUAUUUUAA